AUGGCUGCUAUCCUAUCCACCGCAGUCUCGCUGCUGCUCGUCAGCGAGUCCCUGGCUGCCCCGUCUGGCAUCCAGAAGCGCGGCAUUCGCAGCGCUGCGCACCGCUACGUUCCCUCGCGUGCGGCCGUUGACAAUGAGACCGGCGCUGUCUACAACAACUUUGACGGUGGUGGUUGGAUCAUCCCCGUCCUCAUUGGUGGCCAGCAGGUGACUUUGAACUUGGACACUGGUUCUUCCGACCUGUGGACCGCUAGUACCCUCAUGUCCUCGGACUCGCAAGCCACCGUCACCACGGGCGAGAUCUACGACCCUAGCAACAGCAGCACAUACCAGGCUAUGGACGGCUCCACCUUCGACUUGGAGUACGCCGACGGCUCGGGGGCUUCGGGCCCGGCAGCCCUGGAAACUAUCAACAUUGGCGGCGCCACUGUGCCCAACAUGCCAUUCGGUGUCUGCGACACGCUCAAAUACGGUGGUGAUGGCACGGGCACGCGCGAUACUGACGGCCCUGUCGGCCUGGGCUUCGGCGUGGAGAACUCGAUCCGCCCCAACCCGCAAUGCACGUUUAUGGAAUGCCUCGAGCCGUACGUGCCCGAACCCGUCUUCAGCACCUCGUUCAAGACCAACAACUCCGGCUACAUCGACUUUGGCUACUCGGACAGCUCCGCCUACAGCGGCGACCUCACCACCAUCCCCAUUGCCAACACUAGCUCGGGUAACGAGGGCCAGUGGGCCUACCAGGGCGUGCAGUUUGGCUCUGGCGGCAACGUGUUUGACGCUGCUGCGUUCGAUCUCGACUUUGACUCGGGUACCUCGUCGCUCUCGGUGUCUGCCGAUGUGGCCUCUGCCUACUUUGGCCUCAUCCAGGGCACUUCAAACUCGUCUGGCUCGUGGCAGUACCCCUGCGGCAGCACUCUGCCGGAUCUCGACUUUAUCUUCAGCUCGGCUACUAGCGGACCUACGACCGUCACUAUUCCUGGUGCCAACUUGAAGAACGGAGACGCCAGCACUGGCGACUGCGGUACCUGGAUGAAUGUUGUUACUGGCCGUGGUAACGCGGGUAUUCCGUUUUACAUCAGCAAGUACAUGAUCUGGAACCAGGCUGUGCCCGAAUUGUCGUUUGCCGACCAGGCGGACAACUAG